AUAGAAUAAUGGAGCUAGCGCAAGUAUCUAUGGCUACAAUCCAACAGCGUCAAGAGCUAUGUGCGAAUUAUAAAUGCGCAUCAGCCGAGGAAUUCGAAACUGGAGACACAGCUUAGCUAAACCUCGGCGAUUACAGUACCGGUAGGCCAAAGAAGAGAGCUUAGACUGGCUAAGAGCAAAAUACUCCAUGGCCAACACACCAGACUCAUACAUAGUAGUGUUGGCAGAUACCCGGUCAAACUUCUACAACAAGUUCCAUGUCGACAAACUACGACGAGCUCACCAGUACCCGUUACCUGGCCAAGUACGAGACACCCUCAACCCCCGUCAAUCUCGUCCGGGGGGGAGGCGCGGGGGGAAGAGGAAUACUGAACAGAGGAAAUUUUAUGCGCUCGCACAAAGAUGUUCAACUUUCAGCCCCCUCCGUUGGUGCCAGGGUGGUGCUGCGGAGGUGUUACCAUCUCAGUCCAAUCACAUGCCCAGAGAGCUAAUCGCUUCAGGUUAUCGGGAUAACAACAAAUCUCUGAUGCAGAGCUGCCUGGCUCACCCAGGGCCCGCAGCGUCGCGCGGCCUCACGCGCUCAAAGGCGGCGCUGCUCAUCCGCGCGACUAGUUGGCCAGAGCGUCGGCCGCGGUUGCGCAUUUUCUGUCGAGUGGCUUAUGGGAACCACUCGCAGAUGCUUGCUGGCUCAAGUGAAGACUUUACCUCGUGA